GGCAGAAUGAGAUAGAUAGCUUCAUUUUCUCGGCCAUUUGCCUCUCGACUUUCUCAAGAUAGUCGUCCAAAGGUUCCUUCUACUUUUACCACAGAAGUCUGGUCUACUCGUCUCGCCUGUGAAACGUCAACUAUCGUACAUCCAAAAAUGCCGUUUAACAUCCCGGAAGGUAAAGGUACCUGGAAGUUGACCAAGCACUCCGACAACUACCCGGAGAUCAUGGCUAAAAUGGGAAUCCCGCCUCAGGUCCAGCAGGUGAUGAAAGAUGCAGAGGUAACGAUGGAGACUACAGUGUCCGGGAAAAAGUUGACUAACAAGAGAACGAUAUUGGGCAGGACGACUGAGAACACCAUCAUCCUUGGAGAAGAGUGUGAAGAAACGGAUCCUAACGGCACCAAGAGGAAGGUGACCUGCACCUUGGAUGGAGACACCCUGGUUUUCGUGUACCCCAACCAUGACGGGAAGGGGCUGGAGGUCCGUCAGACUCUCCGAUGGGAGGGCGACAACACCAUGCGUAUGGAAUACAAGAUUGGUGACCUGGAGGGAUCGGCAGAGAUGCAGAAGAUCUAGAUCUCGGUACCUUCAUCCAGCAUACCGUCCAUUACGUACCGUAAAUGGGCGGCAUGCUUACAUCUCUUACAACCUGCAUUAUUUUAACAUCCAAACUUAAGAAAUUAAAGAA